AAGACAUUUGAACAUCGAAGCAUUCUAUUGGUUAUUUCUCAUAGUCGUGCUAUGUUAUUAAAUCGAUGAAGUUGGAAACAAUAUUGAAAAGGUUAAAAAACUUUAAAGUUUUUAAAACAUAAAAGAAGAAAUGUAUUAGAUAAUAAAUUUAUUUUGUGUUUCAUUUAUGAUUUUAAUUUAAUGAAACAGAUUAAUUGAUAAUAAAAAUACUGAUUUACUUAUUUGCGUACAGUGAUUAUGAAGGUAAUUGCUGUUUAAAAAAAUUAAUUUAUUUUAUAAUAUCUUUAUAAAUACUGUCAUAUAUAAUAAUUUUAAUAUAUAAAAAUUAAAGUUAAAUUAACGUGAAAUGUUAAAACAAAACAAUUUUUUUACUCAUAAUAUCGAUAUUACAUGGAAAACAUUCGUUCGCGAAACUUGUGAUACUAUUCCAACAAUAUUUGAAAAGAAAGAUCAUUGCUUAUGUUUUAAAGGAGAUGAAGCAAAGAAGGCAUAUGAAGAAAUUAUAUCCGAGCAAAGUGAUAUGACUUUACAAUCUGAACAUAAACAUAAAUUAAAAACGUUUAAUAAUCGAAAUUCAAUAUCAAAACCGUUUGAAUCGAUGAAUGAAAAAAAGAAGAAUCAGUUUACUAAGGAAAAAGUGACAAUCAAUGCAAUAUUAAAAGCAGUAGAACAAAAAGACUUAAAAUUUUUAUCAAAAUAUGUAACGUGGGAAAAUGUUAAUUUGACUGAUGAUUUUGGUUGGACCCCUCUCAUGUCAGCUGCAUAUUGUGGUCAUUUGGAUAUUAUAGAAUUUUUAUUAAACCUUGGUGCCAAUAAAAAAGCUAAAGAAAAGUCUGGUCUUACUGCGGCACAAUUGGCAUUAAAAAAAAAUUAUUUGAAUAUAGUUGCAUUACUUAAGAAAAAAUCAGAAUUUGUAUCUAACAAAACAUUACAAGAAAGAGAUACAAAUGAUUCAGAAAAAAAUGCAGAUACUUUGUUACAGAUAAAAUCUGAAUCUGGACUUUUGAAAAAUUAUAAAGACAAUAUACACAGAGAUAAUGAUAAUAUAGAGGAAGGAUUCAAUGAGGGAUUUUAUUGUAAAAUUUGUAAGACUAAUUUUUACCAAACAACUUGGAAGAAACAUGAAACAUCUACACUUCAUAUUUUCAAUAGUAAACCAAAAUUAAAAAACACAAUGUACGGGAUAUCAAAACAAAAUAAAGGUUAUAAAAUAUUAUUAAAUUGUGGAUGGGAUGAACAAGGUGGUCUUGGCCCUACAGGAAAAGGAAUAAAAUAUCCUAUUAAAACCUGUUUAAAAUCUGAUAGAAAAGGAUUAGGACAAUGUAAUGAAAAAGAAUAUAGAGUGACUCAUUUUAAACCUAAAGAUCCUGCAGCAGUUAGUGAUUUUAGAACAUUUAAGCAAAAAUGUUUGAAGAAAAAAGAUAGAGAAAAAUUACUUGAUAGGGAAAUUAGAAGAGAGAAAGCAUUACGUAUUGCUCUAUCUUAAAAUAAUACAUAAAUGAUUAAUAUUUGAUAAUAUUUUUAAGACUGAAUAGAAUAUGAAAUUUGAUCAGCAGAAGGCUUUAAAACAUAUACAACAAGUGGAAGAAAAAGCAGGUGAGAUUCUUACUGAUCGACAAGAAAUAAUUGCUUUGGAUAAAAGAAGAAAUAAUGAUAGAGUUGGAAUGAGGGCACUCCAGAAAGAGAAUUGUGAGAAAAUUUGGUUAACUAUUGGACCAUUAUUAAUUAAAAUGCCAUCCAAAAUUGCAGAAGAAUUACUUAUUAAAGAUCAAAAAGAAUGUGACAUAGAAAUUAAUAAGUUAAGAAGUAAUUUAAAAGUUAAAGUGAAUGAAUUAAGAGAUUUAGAACUUAAUCCACCUGUCCCAGGUUUAAUGUUGCAACCUAUGUCUUAUAAGGAAAUGUCAGCAAUAAAACAAAAUUUGGGUCAAAAUUCUUAAAUAUAUCUAAGAUUUAAAAUAAGAUAUUAUUAUUAUAAUACAAUAAUAUAUAUAUAAUAUGUUAUCUAAUAUAAUAUUAUAAAAAUAUAUAUUACAUUAUAAAAUUAAAAUUAAUAAUUAUAUAUUAUUAUUAUUUACUAAGUAA